AUGGACAUGCGUAAGCGCCGCCAGAUUAUAUCCUUCGGAAAUGAUGUGAAACAACUGCAACAUCACCCCCACCCCGACAGUGUCAACUUUCACCACUCGAUGCGGCCGUUCGCGUCCAGUCACGAGCGGAAUUUCAUGCUCUGCUUUGCGGCAGCAUCCAAGGGACAACAAAUGUGCAUCAUCGGAUUGGAGAAUGCACUCCAUUUUCUGCUGACUUCUGGGGCGCUUGAGCAGUGCCGCAAAACAAAUGUACCAUGA